ACUUUUGGGUUCCGGGAAACAUGGCGGCGUCCGAGCAGACGACAGAUGCGAACACGAACGUCCCGGAGUACGAAUAUCCCGAUGUUAAUACAAAACCAUUUCAUAUCGGCUCUUUUAAAAAGGAGUGGCUGAGCAGACUGAAGCCGAGCGACUACUCGUAUGAGGAGGCGGACGAGGACGCAUUUCAUGCUAACUUUGCUAGAGAGAUGGGGGUCAGUGCGGAGACCAUGGCUGAACUUAAGGCUGUGUGCAGUGUUGAUUCGCUUCGAUGUCAUCCUGAAGAUCAGCAGCCCGACACAGAAGUUGUACCUCCAGACCCCACAUUAAGAACACUAGUGCAAAGGAAGGAGAGGCAAGACCACAGAGCUUCUCUUAAAAAGAUUAAAAAGAACAGACAUGACCUCUAUGCAGAUGAACUGGAGCGUUUAACAAUUGGUAGGAAACCAGAAACGGUGACUGACAUGGUCCCCGAAGGAGAGAUCAUUCUAACCAUCAAUGUCUACUACCCAGCUGUGUUCGACAAAUUUAACUACAUCAGACCCCACAUGACUCUCCUGAUGACGGGUUCCCACAGCUUGGCAGAGCUCAGGGAUGCUGUUUGCUGCGUCAGUGACUUGCAAGUGUGCGGAGAGUUCAGCAACACGCCUGACGUGGCUCCAGAAUUCAUCAGCAAGGAUCAUUACAAGUCAGCUUUCUUCUUCUUUGAAGGAGUUUUCUACAAUGACAUGCGGUUUCCUGAGUGCCAGGACAUCAGCUCGACUACAAUUGAAUGGGCUAAGUCCCAUAACUUCCCAUCCUACAGCCAGGCCAAGAUGGAGGACACACUUUUAGAAGAUCUGAAAGUCAAAGUGGGAUUCCCGUAUCUCUACUGUCACCAGGGCGACUGCGAACAUCUGGUCAUCAUCACAGAUGUUAGACUGGCCCACAAGAACGACUGUCUAGACAAGAAUCUGUACCCACUGCUCACGCACAAGCACAGAGUCCUCACCCAGAAGUGUGCGGUCUGCCAUGUCUUCAUUGGAAGAUGGUAUACCACCAACGACCAGUUUGCUCCGAGCGACCCAUGUCUCUUCUGUGACAAAUGCUUUCGUAUGCUGCACUACGACGCUCAAGGCAAUAAACUGGGCGAAUUCUUGGCUUAUCCCUAUGUGGACCGGGGUGCCUUUAAUUAAUGAUUCUCAUGACUUAUUGCUGUAUAAUACAGUUAUAUGGUUUAUAUUUCAGAAAGAAAUGUUCUGAUACUUGCAACGUCAUCAAAACUGUUUUUUUAGGUUUUGAUUUUCCUCUUGGAGCUAAACAGUAACAUUUACUGAUAAACAGUUCAGUUGACAGCAGCACGGUCAGUUUAAUGUUUAGCAUACUUGUUUUGUUUUUUUUGUAAAGUUAUUCAUUUUUAAAUGCACAAAACAGCUUUUUGAUUGAUUGAUUGUGAUUGAUUGAGUUCAUUAAAAGUAACCGAGUUGUUAUUUUUGAUUGGUGGACAUUUGUACAGCUUGUUUAACUCAUUUUGAUGUACUUCAAAUCAAUGAGGGUGACACAGAUCAGAAACUUGACCUUAGUGAGAUGACAAUUUUAAAAGGCUGUCUAUUUGUCACCUUUAUACUGUACUGUGCAAAAGUCUUGAGCCGCCCCUCUUUUCUUUCUCAUUUGUUUGUAUUUUUUUUUCAAGUUAGUCAAAUUUUGUCAUUUUUAAGUGGUCUUGAGCAAAGCUUUGUCCAGGCUUUCUGAAAGUGAUUCAGUGUUCUUUGGUCUAGUCUUUCUACAGAGGAAUGUUUUCUUUUAAAGCUACUUAACGCUGAUCUAUGAAUCACUCAAGCAUGAAAAAGUCACCAAACACAUGAGCCAGUGUUGUGUACUCAUAACAGAUAAGUGCUUGAUUUCAUUUGAUUCCUUGAUUUUUAGUAGUUUUUUUUUUUAGCAAAUUUUAUUAUUAGAAAAAGGUAAACAGUAAAUACAAAAUGCAUUUUAUUAAUAUGUAUUAAAUGUGUGUUCUUUAAAUACAUUUAAUAUUGAUUUAGUAA